UACCGGUAAUCCGAAGAGGCCGAGUUCCAGACGAUAGUAUACUCAGUGUAUAGGGACCACAUCUUGAUUCCCUAAACAAAACAUGUUAUGGGGGUUUCUUUGAAACAAAGUCGUUUUUGAAGAAGUUUAAAUUCGGGGUUAAGUGAACGUUUGGAAAUCACAUACGUGCAACACAAGGAUAAGUGCCGAGGAAGUGAUAACUGUCACUAAAGUUCUGGUCAGUAGUAUUGGAGAUGAUUAACUAACAGCUAGGAGCUGAGUUUGUACAAGAUGCCGCCUAAUAGAGUGCUGCCCAAACCUCCUCCGACACGUGACCCUAACGGACUUAACAGUCACUUGACCAUACAGUUCCCAGACGUCCUUGCCGAACAGAACUCACCAAAGAGCCUCGAUAUCAUUUGGGACUGCUCUGAAAUAUGGUACUCCUGUUGGUCAGCGUGUUGUUACGGACUUCUUACCCUGUUCACCGGCCCUUGUAUCGCAAGCGUCUGGGCCUGUCAGUUCGCCUAUGUGGCCUUUGCGCAUGUCUGGUGCUUAAGUCCGAUUCUCAUUAACGUGCGCCUGUGUAUGUUUGACUGUCUUCAGAGAGGCGUACGGAGUGUCAUUAACUGCUGCAUUGUACCCUGGACGACCGCAUGCGGAAGCUUUUUCCAUUUGUGUCCGGUUAAACGGAAGCCUCUCAUACCAGCACCGGAAGUUAAGAAACCUCCUUCACCGGAAAUUAUGAUCGUCAUACCCAAAGGAAAGGAUGUUUCAAAGUCCAUCAAGAGACAACUAGGAUUGUUUAUGAGGUAGAGAGAGUAUUUCAAUACAAAAAUCAGUUUGAACUUUUUCGAUCAUUUCACCUUGAUGGUAGUCUCGUUCAACCAGACGCUUCAUCACUUGUAAUUCAAGAGUCUGGUUGAACGAGACUACCUUGAUGGUGGCCCCAUACGUCGCAACCAUAAGAUAAGAUAAGAUAAGAUAAAUUUUAUUUAGAGUCGGUGGGUAUAUAACAAAAUAACAUAAGCUCUUUAGAGCUUUUGACCGACAUAACCAUAGUAAGUGUAACUUGUACACGAUGCUUGAAAGAUCUUCAAGACUCUUGAUGAUCACCAA